GUAUUUGUCAAUGAUUGGCGGCUCCAAAUUCGGCCAGGCACAGCACUGCUGUCCCCGGCGCGACGGUACGGCGCGACGCUGCAUGGGGGCUCUUGCAACGGGCCUCGAGUUUAGAGCGCUGCGACACACCAUUGAGUAGUUCAAUUGUUAGGCGUAAUCCCCAUCACACCAGUGAAUUUGCCAGUGCGUCUAUUCACGGUCAAAGUAGCAGACAUCGAGUUAGCAGCAGCAGCGACCCAAUGGCUUCCGCGACUCUCCGCCGUUCCUUGCUUCUAGCAGCAUGCCUGGCGUGCGGAUUUGCCUUCGCUGUCGCCCAGGAAGCUCCGCGCGCGCACCCGCUCACCAAUCUUCCUCCUGCUGGCGAGAUCAGCACCGGCUUCUUCUUCCCUGAGUUCCCCACCAAGCAGUUCAUCGCGGGCCAGCCGGUGAAGGUUGUCGUGGGCAUCCGGAAUGAGGCCGCGGAGAAGUAUAACAUCUCCGCGGUCAUGGGCAGCCUAAACAACGCCCAGGACUUCCGCGCCUACUACUGGAACUUCACCCAGCAGGUCUACUUCCAGGUCGUUGAGCCCAGCAAGGAGCUGUCGGUGGAGUACACCUUCCUGCCCCCCAAGGACCUGCCCCCCAACGACUACCAGGUUGCCCUGACCGUGUUCUACGAGGCCGCUGACGGCUUCAAGUCCAGCACCUUCUUCAACCAGACCGUCUCCGUGAGCGAGAAGCCUCAGCUGAUUGACUGGAAGCUCAUCUUCCUGUACGUCAUCUUCAUUGGCCUGGUGGCUGCUGGCGGUUACUACGUGUGGACCACCAUCAAGGACGUGCCUCUUGUGAAGAGCAUGGUGGGCAAGAAGAAGAGCGUGAAGACUGACGAGUCCCGCACUUUCAACAACGACGAGUGGGUUGCCGGCACGCACGUUGCCAACUUCUACAACAAGAAGACCGCUCCGGCGAAGGCUGGCGCCAAGAAGGCGCAAUAAGUGCUAACCGCCAUUCUUGUCAGCAAACGAACAGAACCAUGGCUGGCGCAGAGCAUGGCAUAAUGCUUCGACUGUCCGCCGGCGUGGCUCGGCGACUGCGGCAGGCGUCUGGACAAGCAGACGGAAGGCAUCAGCAGGCUUGGAGCGGAUGCUGUUGGUAACGGCGUAAGCAGCUACGGAGGCUGCGUAAGUGCUGUGGGGGCCGGGCGCGCGGUCCUGGCUGCGCUUCAGGCGGGCGAUUGUGUGGAGGAGGAUGCUAUUAGUGCGCGUGCUGCUGUCGCAGAGGUAGAGAGGCUGUCAGCGUAUCGUGAUAGAUAGAACGCGCUUGGAUAAGGAUGAGCUUUAGCGCGCGCCGCAAGACCGCGCGCUGUAGUUGCAUUCGUAGGUGUGUGCAGGUCUGUGUCCUGGACUGCGCGCAGACUGCACCGUGACAUGAACAUACCGUAUGACGAACUUGACUUCCGGACUGACUUGACCUGUAUUAACUUGCAGAGCUGUGACAAUGACGCAGACCAUGAUGGAGUAGGCAGGUCCUUGAUAGUUCACAGCCCACGGAUUGUGUGGGCAUAAGGGUGUGCAUUGUGUCACGUGGCAAACCGGCGCCAGUCACUGCUGAGCGUCUUGGGAGGCAUAAUCCAUGCGGGGUGUUGGGUUCUUUGGCCCCUCGCUGUAAAAACUGGAUCUU